UCUAUCCAGGACGUGGCCCCUGUACGAGUGCAGUCGAGAGUGUCUGGUCGUAGGCCAUGGAAGGAACAAAGAUGUGGUUAGUUAUAUUAGGAUGUAUUGCCGUUAUAACUAGUCCUACUAGUGCUGAAGUGAACAAAACUAUAACGGAACUAUUCAAAAGGAUAAAAUCGAUGCAGGUACAAAGAACUGUUCCUUCAAUACCGCCAUUGGUAUGGGGGAAAUUUCGUGGAAUUUAUGAAAGUGAUGUCCGUCAGUAUUUUCAUGGAAACCCUGAUAUGAGCGCUUUACGUUACGAAUUUGAAGUGUUCGACAAUAACAUGUUUGCCACUGCCUGGAUUACAUCAUGCCUUCUUGAAGCCCACCGGUAUGGAAAGGCACCAAAGCCUUCCGAAGAGCAGAUUAAUAUGUCUGUAGAGAUUCUAAUGAACAAUCACAACGACAAAAACUCCAACUAUACUAACUCCAUCAUGGCGUUUUGGCCUCAGGAGUACGAUGAUUCAUACAAAGCCUGGGUCAGCUCUCCCAUCAACUUACUGGCCAUGUUUAAUGCCACUGAUCUCGUCGACUGGAAUGCUGUGUAUGAAGAGAUGGAGAAGCUGGGACUGAAGGACGUCGUCGAUAUCAUGAAAAGACUUCUGGCUUCCAAAUCAGGCUACGAACGUGUGUUCCGGAUACCUCCAGACUUUGACGACACAUCGGUGAACCUAGGUCUGGGGUCAUUGUUAAAGGAAGCCAUUGUAGAUUUCCCACAAUCCAAUGCGCUGUGGCAGUCCCGGAACUCCAAUCUGUCCUCCGUAUUCAGCGCGAUCAAACACUACGCCUACCGUCCUCUGUCUGGGAACAAGCGUGUGGAUACCAUCGACACAAGGACUUACGUGUACAUGCGAAAAUUCCUGGAACUUUCGAAGUCAAAGAAUGAAGACGUAGCAUUAGUAACAACAUGGGUACAGGACCUUGAGGACAUUAAGACCCAGUACUACCGUGGUGUAGUAACCCCAGGUAACGUUAACAACGUCGACAUCACCGUGGCGGCCAACGCCUUAUAUGGAAUCACAAACAGUAUUCUGACGGGACUCGUCACGGCGGAGGUCCUGGAGGAUCCAGAUAUGCAGCAAAUCUACCUGAACACGUCUACAAUGAUAGCCUUCCAGAUCAACACAAACUUCUCCAGCCGGCCGGACUUGGCUCUGACCUACUACCCGUCAGCUAUUGAGUUCUACUGGUUCGUGGCUAGGACUUACAACCAACUACUGAGACGUUAUACUUAUAACAGUCUGCCUCAUCACACAAUGAAGACAUCCAUGGAUAUCUUAGGCAACGUCCUGAAGAACAAUGCUACAACUAUAAUGCUGAUGGAGGCUAUGCCAAUGGGGACAGAUAUGGUUUAUUAUGACGAUUUUCUUGGUGAUGGAGAUUUCGACGCUGAAGGGAAACCUGUGAAAUACGGCGAGGAUCGUUUGUUUACUACAGCCAUGGCCGCUAAUGCUCUUAUUACUAUUUGGACGUCGUUUGAAGAGAAAUCUGGGACGUUAGUCUGGAAUCAGACUACACCAAAACAGGUCAAGGACACUGUCACACGCGCGGUGAAGUUCCUGGAUACCUACAUAUUGUCCGGGGAGUACAAACCGUGGAACGCGUUCUUUUCCGGUUCCUUUAAAGGUUUUGGGACAAUUUGGACCGAAUAUCCAGCGAAUCGGAAUGAGUAUUUCAAUGGAACAAAAGUCCCAGAUCACAGAUAUCAUUCAACUACCAUCCGGGGGAUGCAAGGAGUUCCGAACGAAACCUGGUACAAGCAAGAGGAGGCUGCAAUGAAAUCCCCGAUCGAUUUCCAUGGCUACAAUAACCAGGGUGGCUACUUUCCAUUCUGGUCCUCUGAGCCGUACACAUACGCUGUCACUAUGUUAGCACUGUCAACAUUCAGUAAUAUUGUAUGAACCAUGAAAACUGGUGAAUUAGCAUCCCACAUUUAUGUAUUUACUGUUUGAUAGCUAAAUUAAACAUUUUCAGGCUUCUUUGGUUUCGAUAAUUUUG